AUGGUUGUUGGUUUAAUGACUCAAUCUGUAGGAAAAUUGGGGAUGGCUGUGACAUUGCUUUUUGGGAGGAUGUUUGGAUUGGGGAUGAAACAUGCUUCCAUUCUUGAAGUGGGGGUUUGGUCAGAUUCUGUGUGGAGGUGGAAUUUCACCUUGGCUAGGCCAUUGUUUGAUCGUGAGGUGACCAAAAAGGAGGAAUUGAAAGGAUUGCUUGGGAAUUUCACCCCUAAGUUGGGGACCCGAGACUCUUGGGCUUGGACAAAGGAUGCCUCUAGUUCCUAUAGUGUGAAGUCAGCAUACUGUCUUCUCCAUGGUGAGUUUGAGGUUGAUGCAUGGGAAAUUUUCAGAUUGCUCUGGUCUCUAAAGGCUCCGCCGAGUAUUAAAGCCCUGUCAAGGAGGGUAAUUCUCGGUAGCAUGCAAACUAGAUCAGCCCUUGCACGAAGACAUGCUCUUCCAGCUAAUUCUGUAACAACAUGUGCUUUAUGUUCUGCUGAGGAGGAAAACGUUUCCCAUUUGUUUUUUGGUAGCCCGAUUGUGUGGAGAGUCUAUUCGAGGGUUUACGAUUGGCUUGGAGUGAGGUUGGUGUUUCCUGCUAUAGCCGGAGCACAAUUUAAGCAGUUUGGGUGCUGUCUUGGCAGCGCAAGGACGUAUAGAUUUUUGUUGUCUCUGAUCUGGGUUGCUAUGAUUGCGUCCAUUUGGUUACGUCGCAAUAAUGUUGUUUUUAGAGGGGGUGUGGUGGAAGUAGAGAGAAUUGUAGAGCUGGUUCAGUUCAAGACCUGGUUGUGGCGGAAGGCAAAUGAUAGAGGGUGGUGGAGAGGUGCAGAUUAA